AUGAAUGAUCAGGCUCAUGCUUUAGUUUCUACAGUAAGUGAAACAUAUGGUAUCCCAGCAAGGUUUGCAGAACUCAUCAAGAAACAUUUCAAAAUCAUCUGCUAUGAAGAAUUCCUGAAAAAUGAGAAAGAACUUGCUGAUAAAAUCCAAGCUAUUUUUGAAUGGGAAUGGUGUCCCAUUAUAAAUGAAGAGCUUCUGAAAUCUCUACCAUGUUUGAAGACCAUUGUAAAUCAUGGAGUUGGUGUGGACCAUCUUGAUUUAUCUCUGAUCCACAGCUUCGGUGUGAAGGUAGCCAACACUCCUCAGGUAGUGGACAAUGCUACUGCUGAAAUGGGCAUGGCCCUAAUGUUGGCAUCUGCCAGGAAUAUAUUAGAAGGUCAGCAGAUUUCAACUUCUCCAGACACUAAAACUUAUCCUUUGAAUUGCUAUGGAGUCGAGGUGACUGGAGCUACUCUUGGGAUCAUUGGAAUGGGACGGAUUGGAUACAAAGUUGCUCAAAGAGUCAAAGGAUCUGAUAUGAAAAUUCUGUAUCACAACAGGAACAGGAGGACUGAGGAAGAAGAGAGGCUGGUUGGGGCUUGCUACUGUGCAAAAAUUGAUGCUCUCCUCCAGGAAUCAGAUUUUGUCAUGAUAGUAGUAAACCUGACCCCUCAAACUACCAAGAUGAUUGGAGAAAGAGAGCUUAGACUAAUGAAACCAAAUGCCACUCUCGUUAAUAUCUCCCGCGGUGGAGUGAUUGAUCAGGAUGCUUUGGUGAAAGUGCUUCAGAAUGGAGUUAUUCGUGCAGCAGCACUAGAUGUUUCUGAGCCAGAGCCCCUUCCGAGGAAUCAUCCUUUACUACACUUACCAAAUGUCAUUCUGACUCCCCACAUUGGAAGUGCCACUGAAAAGAUGAAUCGUGAAAUGCUGGAAGGAAUGAUUGAAAAUGCUUGGGCCGCUGUUCGUAGUCUUCCCAUGCCUCAUGAAGUGCCACUGUCAUAA